AUGGAGGUGAGAGAGUCCUGGAAAAGGGGAUUCAAAUGGGACAUACAGGAGGCAAUAGUUCCCAAAGGAAGGGGUAGAGCAAGAGGAGGUAUACUGAUCGGAGUUAAAGAAGGAAUAGAAGUAGGAAAAAAGGGGAAAUGGGAUAUAGAAGGGUGGGUGGAAAGAGAGGUCAAACUAGGAGAAGAGUGGUGGUGGGUAGUAGGGGCAUACAUCAAUGAAGAUCUAGACAGGAAGAAAAAGCUCAUGAGCAGAUGGAUGGAUGAGGCAUGGGAUAGACGAAUACUAAUCGGAGGGGAUGUUAAUGCCAGAACUGGAACAGACGGAGGAAUUAAAGUCGGAAAAGGACAUGAAGAAUGUAGUAUAAGAAAAUCGAAAGACAAAGUAAUCAAUAAGGAGGGAAAGGAGCUAUGUAGAUUCAUAGAGGAAAGAGGAUGGGCAAUUUUAAAUGGAUGUAUUGAAGGAGACGAAGAAGGAGAAUGGACUUUCGUAGGGGAAAGAGGCUGUUCUGUAAUAGAUGUGGUGAUGAGUGAUGAGAGAAACCGUGAUAAGAUAUUAGAAUUAAAAGUAGAAGAUAGAACAGAGUCCGACCACCUCCCGGUUUCGGUGAAGGUAAUAGCUAAAGGGAGUAGAGAAGAAAAGAAAGACAGGGAGACAAGGCAGGGGACAGGUAGAGAAUUAUGGACCAAAGAAGGAAUAGAAAACUUUCAAGAAGGUCUAAAAGACGAAGAGACAACUAGAGGGAGUGUUGAAGAAGAAUGGGAAAGCCUAAAAGGGAAAAUCAAAAAAGCAAUCAAGAAGUCACUGAAAAAAGGGAUUAGAGUAAGAGGAAACUCGGGUUGGUGGGACGAGGAAUGCAGAAUAGAAAAAUCUAAACUAGGAAAAGCUCUAAGGAAAUUAAAGGGUGGGAAAAUGAUAAGAGAAGAUUACAUUAAGGAGAAGAAGCAAUACAGAAAAGUCUGCGAAAGAAAGAAAGAACAGGAAAGGCAAAUGUGGGAGGACCAGGUCAAAAACGCAAGAACAGAAGAGCAGAUUUGGAAGAUCGUAAACGAAGGGAGGAAGAAGAGAGACGGGAUUAAUAAAGAUAUAAAGAUGGAAACAUGGGAUGUGCACUUCAAAGAGACCUUUGGGGGAGUAGAAGAGAGGAGAAGCUGGGAAGGGGUGAUGGAGGAAGAAACGGAGGAGGAAGAAGAGCUAGGAGACAUUGAACUAGAGGAAGUUAGAGUAGUGGUAAAAAAAUUAAAAGAUCACAAGGCAAUGGGGGGAGAUGGAAUUCCAAACGAAGUCUGGAAAUAUGGAGGAGAAACGAUUGAGGCUGAAUUAUGGAGUAUAUGCCAAAAGGUAUGGAGGAGGGAGGGAUGGCCGAAAGAGUGGAAUGACGGAAUAGUAGUUCCAAUUAAGAAAAAGGGGUUGGGAAAGGAGGCAAGUGACUACAGAGGCAUUACAAUCACACAGACUGCCUACAAGGUGUAUGUGGGUAUUCUCGAGAAAAGGUUGAGAGAGGAGGUGGAAGGAAAAGGGAGGUUGCCGAUAUCACAGGCGGGAUUCAGAAAGAAAAGAGGGACAAUAGACAAUAUCUAUGCCCUGAACUACUUGAUCAACCGUGAAAUACAUAAGGAAAAAGGGAAAUUGGUGGUUCUGUUUGUGGACUUCAAGGCUGCCUUUGACUCAGUGGACAGGACGGAAUUGGUAGAAGGAAUGAAAAAGAGAGGUGUAAAUAUAGGCUUAGUGAAGAGAUGCGAGGAAGUUCUGAAGGAAACGAACGGCAGGGUGAGGGUGGGGAAAGAUAUAGGGGAGAAGUUUUGGACAGUAAAGGGAGUCAGGUAG